AUGGCUAAUGAAGAAGAUGAAUGUGACUCGUCAAGUCUAUUUACUGUCGCUAGUCAAUCGGAUGUUACUGCAUUUUUACAUGCACAAGCAGCAAAAAUAACCGGUUUAAAUUCAAGUGUCAGUGAUGAUGAUGAUGAUGAUGAUGGUGAUGGUGAUGAGAGUUCAAUAGUUGUUAGCUCUUUAUCAAGAUAUACUCAAAUUUCAUCAAAAAAUUUAAAUAGUCAUAAAAAACCAUAUUUAAGUCAUUCUUGUUUUGCUUCAAUAUCAAAUUUAUCAUCAUCAUCGUCAUCACCACAGAAACAAACUAUUUCAGAUGAUUUAACUGAAUUAAAAUGGUUAAAUACAUUUAAAUUUAAAGAAUUGAAAGAUAAUAAAAAUAAUAAUGUAAAAAAUAAAAUUUUUCAACAUAUAAAUUCAAAUAAUGAUGAUGAAAUAAGUAAAUUAUGUAAUGAAUUAAAAACAUAUGAUUAUGAAAAUUUAAAUAGAAAUUCUAUAUCAUUCGGUGUUCUAAUAUUUCUUGCUUUAUAUUCUAAACGUUAUGAUAAACAAACACCAUGGUUAUUAACUAUAAAACAAUUAUAUGAAUAUAUACAAAUAAAUAUAAAACAAGUAACAACUAAACGUAGAUGGAAAGAUUUAUUAAAACAAACAUUAAUAAAUAUUUCAUGUUUUAUUAAAACAAAACGUGAUAUACUUAAAUCACGUUCUGUAUGGACAAUUGAUCCGUAUUAUCGACCAUUAUUAACAAGAGCUUAUUUAACUCGAUUAUCAUUACAAACGAAUAAAACAAUAUCUGCAAAUCAAAAUGAGAAGAAACAAAUCUUUUUAGAUAAAAAUCAUUUUUCAAAAUCAAUUAUUAAUAAUUUUGCACCAAAAUCAACAGUGAAAACAAAAGUACUUCCUCGUCUUUAUGAACGACUUUGUGAAGAAAAAACAGAUUAUGACUUGGAAGAUGAAACAGAUUCAAAUAAUAUUAUUAAAUUACCAUAUAAUUCAAUUUCAGGAUUUAAACGACCUCGUUCUAUAUCAUUAUUCAGCCAUCGUCAACCUGUAAAAGACAAUCAUGAAAAAUGUCGUCUUUCAUCGUCUGAAACCUGGAUAACAAAAUCAACGAAGCGAAAUAAAAUACAUUCAAAUAUCAAAUCAAAAUUAUCAACAUCAAAUAGAGAAUCAACUAUUAUUACACCAUGUCCAAGUGUCGAUCAUACGUAUUUAAAUCCAAUAGAACAACAAAAUAAUUCAAUUAUUAAACGAACCAAAUCAACUGAAUAUAAUGAACCAUCAUCUAUCGAUGAAGACGAUGAACGUGAUAGUAAUUCAUUAAUAAAUUCAAUUCAUAAAUCAACUAUUACAACUCGUAGUCAAAUAUCAACAAAAAAACCUAUACAAAAUACGAUUAAAAAAAAAUUUGUUCAACGUCGAAAAUCUUCAUCAAAAAAACGUUUAUCUCAUAUAUUACCAUUAAAUCGACCAAAUACACGUAGAAAUCGAAAAAUAAUUGAACAAGAUUUAGAAUUAUUACGACAAGCAAAUAACAAUUUACAACUACGUGAUCUUUCUACCAUACCUUCUAAUCAAUCAAUAAAAAGACAUUGUAUCAUGUCUGAUGAAAUUAAUUCUUCAGAUAUUCAAUUAGCUGAUCUUCAUAGUUCAUUUCAAUCAACAUUAGCAACGCCUAAUAAUCUUUAUCAUAAUAGUGUUUGUGGUUCAAUUUUAUAUUGUUCACCAACAAAUUCUUCGUCGCAAAUAUUUUCUUAUUUACUUCAUGGAAAAUUUGAUGUAUUUCGUCGAUCUCUUGAUAUCUAUCAUAAAGAUAUAAUUCUAAUGAAAAAUGAACACGAACAAACUGUUUUACAUAUUUUAACUAUGCAUAAUUAUCCAUAUCAAUGGAUACGUUUAUUAAUGAUGUUUAGAUGUGAUCCAUGUUGUCAAGAUAUUGAUGGAUAUACGGCUGCACAUUAUGCAGUAGAACGAGAUGAUGCUGAAAUGCUUAAAGCUUUAACAAUGCUUAUUCAUUCUCAAAUAAAAAUAUUUUCAGAAGAACAAACAAAUGCUAUACAUGAACGUUGUUUAAAAGCUUUAUCAAUACGAGAAAAACAAGGUUUAACAGUAUUUAUGCUUGCUUGUCAUCAUGAAUCGAUCAAAUGUCUCGAUUAUUUACUUGAACUUAAUAUUAAUGAUGUAAAUUUACAAGAUAAUUUUGGUGAUACAUGUUUACAUUACGCUGUUGCUCGUCGAAAUGAAAAUCUUGUAAUGAAAUUACUUAAUCAAUGUAAUGCUAAUAUAAAUGGUGGUGAUAAUACACGACCAAGUGUACUUGAUGUUUUACAAUAUAAUCGUGAACAACGUAAACCAUUUGAUAGAGCACAAGAUGAUUCAAUCAAACAAAUACUUUUAUCACAUAAUGCUUUAAAUCGUUGUCAAGUACGACGUAUUGUUAAAAAACGUAAACAUUCAUGUGAUAAUGAUGAAUCAGUUAAAUCAAAUUUAACUUCUCGUACAGAUAAUGAAUCAACCAAUUCACAAAUAGAAACAGCGAGAAAUUAUGCUCGAACUGCACUAUCAUUACAAAACCAAAGUAAAUUUAAUGAUGCUGAAGAGUAUUAUAAACGUGCAAUGAAUUCUAUACCGAAUGAUAUACUUGAUUGGACUGAUUAUGCAUUCAAUCUUGCUCUUAUACAUAUAAUUCAUGGAGAAAAUCAAUCAGCACUUGAUUUAUUACAACAAGCAUUAAAAGUACGACAACAAUUUGAAAAUGAAACAGAAGAUAUUGAAAAAAUUCAACGUGCUAUCAACAAUAUUCAAAUAACAUGA